UCCGUUAGAAAGGCUUCUACGACGAAUUAUCGUAGUUUUCUUUAGUGUGUAUACUACCGUAAUGGAAGUUGAUGAACAGAGUUAUUUACUCGAUUUGAAAGGAACUAAAAGAAAUUCUGGAUUGUCAACAGUAUUCGCAGUAAUAUGUAUAUUGGAUGUAUUUGGUGUUUUUCCUGUGGUAACAUUACCGAAAACUAUAAUUAAUUGUGGCUAUUAUGGGCUCUUGGCAAUUCCCCUGUUAUGCUGUACCCAGAUUUAUACUGCAGCUCUCUUGGGCAGGUGCUGGGUUAUUGCAGAAAGAAUAAGCCCGUCGAUACAAAGAAAAAGUCGAUAUCCGUAUACUGCUUUGGUAGAAAUUUCAUUCGGGAAAAAAUUAGGCAGUUGGGUUUCUUUCCUUUUGGAUUUGACGAUUUUUUGUGGAGGGAUUCCUAAUUUAAUUGUUGCUUCACAGAAUUUGCAGCUUCUAGGACAACGAAUCAGCAAUGGAAAUGUCGAUAUAUCCUUUUGUUACUGGAUAAUAAUUGUUGGAUCCAUCCUCUGUCCUAUUUCAUGGUACGGUAGUCCAAAAGAUAUGAAGUUUUUAUGUUCACUAUCAGCGGGUAUUGCUAUCUCAGUAUUUUUUCUAACAUGUGGUUGCCUGCUGUUCAGCGAUGUCACCAGAAGUAAUCUUGAGGAUGACCUCUUGGAAGAAUCUCAUUCUUGGCGAGCGUUACUGAAAGCUUAUGGGAUUUUUGCUUUCCAGUUUGAUAUACAUCCAUCGAUAUUGACCAUUCAAAUGGACAUGUUUGAGAAAUCCCAGAUAACUAGAGCUCUGGUAGGAGGAUUUUCAGUUACAUUUCUCAUGUUCGGUAUAACUACGUCAAUAGCUUUCUGGAAAUAUGGAUAUGAUACGAAACCUAGCAUUUUGGAAACACUACCAACAACUGUGCCUCUACACAUUGCAGCUGCCUUUGUUGCUAUUCAACUCUGUCUAACAUCAACCAUGAGCAGUAGUGCGCUUUUUCAACAAAUGGAGGACUGUAUGAGUAUAAGGAGAGACUUCAACCCCAAACGCUGUGUUCUACGUUUUAUGCUUAUAGUCCUAGCAGUAGUCAUAGCUGAAUCAGUUCCCAAUUUCGAUCUGGUUAUGUCCAUCGUUGGAGGAACUCUAACCGGACCUUUGGUUUUUCUGUUACCACCAUUGAUCUUUAUGAAAAUGAGAUCGUUGCAAGAUGACCAUGAAGAUCAACUUACAUUGAUGAAUUUUUCGAAUAAUGUACGCGGAGGCGAUCGGAGGUUCACAGAACAGAAGUUUGAAGACAUUCAAUAUCAAAUGCCAACGAAUGACUUCAAAAUGUUUUUUGAUAAACACCUCGAAUCAAAAUUGUGCAUUUUCAUUAUUUUGUCAAGUGUCUUGUUAACGGUAUCUACGACUUAUUUGAAUAUUUCAAGUACAGCUUCAUUUUAUACUAAUGUUACCAAACCUUGUAUAUACAACGUUUCUCUAGCCUUAUUAUAUCUUUGAACACCAA